AUGUCGCCACCAUACAUAAAGCUAAUUUCAUCGUUUUCCAAUCUCUCCGUCGGCGAACGCGACGACGCGCCGGCAAAACAGUCUGGGCUUUGGAGCUCACAUGUGGCCCAUCAGGAGCGUAACCGACGCUUUGUAGGCGAGGUUGAUCUCCCCGAGUCCGAAGAACCAUUGCUUAAACCAUCCCCGAAGCGUCUAACCUUGUAUCCCAUUCAAUACCCGGAGAUAUGGACCCAUUACAAGAGAGCCCAAGCCUCCUUCUGGACGGCCGAAGAGAUUGAUCUUUCUCAUGACAUGAUGGAUUGGUCAAAGCUGACCAACGCGGAGCGCCACUUCCUUUCACGUAUUCUUGCAUUCUUUGCCUCGUCAGAUGGCAUCGUCAACGAGAACCUUGUCGAAAGGUUUUCUAGUGAGGUCCAGGUCCCUGAAGCUCGGUGUUUCUACGGGUUCCAAGUCAUGAUUGAAAAUGUUCACUCCGAAACCUAUUCCCUGCUCAUUGACACCUAUAUCAAGGAUCCAGAGGAGCGCGACUUUCUCUUCAGGGCUAUAGAAACAAUCCCGUCCAUUCAGAGGAAAGCAGAAUGGGCCUUGACAUGGACAUCCGACAAAUCCACGACGUUUGCCGAGCGGCUUGUUGCCUUUGCAGUCGUCGAAGGUGUCUUCUUCUCUGGGUCCUUUGCGGCCAUCUUUUGGAUGCGGAAGCGCGGACUUUUGCCGGGAUUGACGUUCUCCAACGAACUCAUUAGUCGUGAUGAGGGGAUGCACACAGAUUUUGCAUGUCUCCUCUUCGCCUAUCUCCGCAAGCGUCCUCAUUCUGACACCAUAUUGGCCAUCGUCACAGAGGCUGUGGAGAUCGAGAAGGAGUUCUUCUCAGAUGCACUACCAGUAUCACUGAUAGGGAUGAAUUCGUCUUUGAUGAACCAGUACAUUGAGUUCGUAGCCGACAGACUCCUCACUUCUCUCGGAAACGACAAACAUUAUCAUGUUGACAACCCCUUCGAUUUCAUGGAAUUGAUAUCUAUGGAAGGCAAAGCAAAUUUCUUCGAGAAGAGAGUUUCAGAUUAUGCCAAGGCCAAUGUCAGCCCGACAGCGGGCCACCCACCCAGUUUCAGUCGAUGCUUUACGACGGAUGAAUAUUUUUGA